GAAAGAUCAUCCUGAACCCGGCCUUAUGGGUGCCGCCCUAGAAUUCUCUGUUGUUAGCUGUUCGAAAAGAAAACACUACUUGUUUCAGUGACAUCAUGAGCGUUUCGGCAGAGGAGGAUUCAGAGCAGAGACCACUGAAACCGACUCUUUGUCAGAGCCUCAGGAGGGAUCCCCAUGUGAAGUGCCUUGUAUUAACUUUGUUAAUCUUUGGAUGUCUGGGAGCAGUGACGUGGUGCCGUCUUACAGAAGUUACUAGGCUCGUGGUCAACUUUCAGAGUUUUCCCAUCACCACCCGAAGAAACGUAAGCCCGUGCGAUGAAGGCUACAUCUAUAUUCCAGUGGCAUUUCUUGCCAUGUUGUACUUAGUGUACUUGGUAGAAUGUUGGCACUGCUCCACCAGGCUAGAACUAACCUACAAAGUGGACGUUAAUGCCGUCUACGAACAAAUUCAACAAAUGCGAGAAGCUCAGCCUGCGAUCUGGUGGAAAGCUGUUUGCUACCAUUAUGUGCGACGAACCAGACAAGUGACACGCUAUCGAAAUGGGGACGCCUACACCACGACACAGAUCUAUUACGAAAGAAUAAACACUCACAUUGCAGGCUCUUGCUUUACAUACACACACUGCGGAGUUAAGGAUAUUUCAAGUAUUCUUGUGGACCUUGAAAAAUACCCAGCAACCAAAAUUCGAUUCAGUAAAGGCUUCGCCUUUGCAAACCUUGAAGCAGCCAGCGAAUUUGAAGAUCAAAGAACACGCUUUUUCCAAACAAACGAGAGAUUCGACGACUAUUUGGAGAUGAGAGAAGGGUUAGAUUUAAUAGGUGUAAAUUUCCAAGAGUAUAUGAUUGCCUUUGCAGAUCCAGAGCGUCUUCCGUGGUACGUCUCUAACUUUGUCUUUUGGAUUUGCUCUUUGCUGCUGUUGUCUUGGCCUUUACGAAUACUGAUCGAAUGUCAAACAGCUUAUGUCCACUACCAAGUUACAAAAUUGUUUGGUGUGAAUUAUCUGACUCCAGCUAGCGCUGAUACUGUAGUUUCUAAUAGGCUGUCGCGGGGAAGCACUCUGGACAGCAGUGAACUUGAAGGGCUUAUUACUAAUAACUUUACUGUUGCCCCAAGUUAUUCGGAAGCCUUACUAUUAGAAGGUACAACUGGUGGGUUAUCUCUUCCAACAGAUUCGAACGGCAACAUUCCAAACGAAGUGUUUCCUGUGAGGUUUAGCAUGGACACGGACUCAAGACUGUCACUGCAAGGGACUAACAGGACCAGAGGGUUCAGAGAAUCUUCCAGAACUUUCCUUCGUACUUCCACUAACCGAGGUUCCUGGACAGCCGGGACUGGGCGUUCGCCACCUACUAGACCAAGAUUAAAUACGUCAGUAAGCCGCACUUCCCUCCAUAACGGGCAAAUUAUUUUUCAAACACCUCUAUUAUCGCCAAAUGGUGGACCGGUAUGGAGAAGGAAUAGUCAUCCAAAUCAAAGUACAACGAGGACUAGUCCUCCUCCUUACGAAGAAGCUUUACUUCUGAGUAGGCCCGUGUUCCUGCCCCUCCGACGCUCGACAACUGAGAGAGAUCUGCAUGAAAAUUUUCUUUCUGAACAACACAUUUCGUCAAGAGUUGAUAACGACAUUACAUUAAGCAUGGAAACUGCAGUAUGAUAUCAAAUGGAAUUACAUAAUUGAAGUUUUAGUGCCAAAAGCUUCAGGAAAUACAACACGUCCCUUAUAUUUCUUGCCAAAUAUAACGUUAACGCUCAAUGCAAAUUAUCGCAAUGUUAUUUUCUAUACCAGUUUUUCUCCUGUUUUGUCAUAGCUUAUCAGUGAAAAUUUGCACUUUCAUGUCUUAUUGUAUUAUAUGGUUUAGUGUAUAGAUAUGUAAAUAACUGUUCUGAAAUAAGUAUAUUGAUAUUUUUUACUUAUAACCUUAUGUAUGGUUUGAACUAAGUAAUUGCACUGAAGUUGUAUAUAGUUUCUCUUUAGUCUCCAUAAUAGUGAAAGACAUAAUGUUUCGAUUUCUGACUUCGAUUGUAAUAAUAAUAUCGAUGUUCGAAACUGGUCAGAAAUAAGAGCAUGAUUUGAGAUUUUACUCGUUGUGAAUACGUUAAGUAAUUAAUCUGGUUUAUUAGCAGUUAGUGACGAUAAGAUUAUCUUGCAGUGAAGAGGAAACAGACAAAGCUUUCUAAUAAAUUUAAAAGCAAUACAAAUUAUGGAGGAAACUUUUUUUUUAAAUCAGAUUUUUUUACCUCAAUCUAUUUUGUAUAAUGGAUUAAUCUUUGAGUUAGAACAGAUAUGACUAGUUAAAUUCCAUUCCUUUUCUUAUAAAAGAUAUUAUAAUUUUUUAAUUAGAUUGAUUUCUUCAUAAAAAUAAAGCAUAUAUUUCCUGUUCCAAGCCCUUUUUUUACAGGUAACUAUUGUCGAUGUACCAGUUGUUCUCCUGAAAUGGUUAUGAUCAAUGGUAGCUGGGAAACCGGAUUUAGGAUUACUGCCAAGUUUCACAUCUGGACUGGUCUUCAGAAUAUAUACGAACAGACUAAGUGAUUUGUAGCCAACUUGAUGGCACCAGAAUGUACUUCAAGAACAAUUUAACGACAAAAUUUACUCGAAGACCUUUUUGCUUAUUCGAAUAAAAAUAAAUAUAUUCUGACUUGAACAACCGCUAAUUUGGAGAAUACUCUAUUAUCACAGAAACACUUAGGAGAGCUUUGAUCACUUUAACAAAUGAAAUUACCAUACUAGGAACAUCUUAAAGUAACAGAUGCUUAAAACACACUCUCUAUAAAGGAACGUUAUAGGCUCAGUUUAAAUAAGGAUGUAGAUGCCAAAACUUCAACAACAACAACAAAAAAAAACUGUACAACAAUAUCUCGUAAGAAACAUACAACAUAAAAACCUGAAUAGACUAAUUUCUUCUGAAACUCUUAGAACUUGAUAUUCGAUGGGAUCACAUAUAUACUUUAAUACUACAAGCUGAAAACAUCUAUUUUCACUAACUUACAAUAGCGUAAAUAUGUGAGACUCAAUACACUUAUGUGUUUUUCAAAACUAAAUAUAAAGUCAUGGAAUGGAAUUUAAGAAUCGAAAAUUGUAAUAAGAUGUCUGACUUAAACCGUCAGGGCAAGCAUAGCGUGGAAUGAGAAAAAAAGAUCACGCUUUAAGUCAACUUAAUAAAAUGUUACUUCAUUUCUAAAUAACAACAAAAAAUUAGUCUUGUUAAAUGGUCAUCAAAGACACCAGAAAUUUUUAUCAAUUCAAAGUGUAAAUUCUACAAACUAAGAUUUGUUGUAACUGUAUACACAAAGUAUAGUAUACCAUUUUACUAUUAAAAGAGCAGAAAUAUUGAAACACAGAAUUUACUUUCGAAGACCAAGAUACCUAAUCAUAAAACCAAACUUUUAAUUAUACGAGAGUUCACAUAUUGGAUGCUUAUAUCAAAUAAUAUUAGCAACAAAAAAGUAUAAAAUGAAACGCAUAUAAAUAGUAUAGACGUGAGAGUUAAAGAAAGUUGGUUUUGUACUUGAUAUGAUUUAAGAUUAUAUCGUUGAAGGAUAAAUAGUACUAUACAUUCUUAUGAGUCCAUCGAUAUUAAUGAACGUGUUCCCGUUUCAGUUAAAAGUAAUAAAUCCCGUGUUUUAGAUCACUUAUUAUUCUGUGUAGCCUAUUGUUUAUAAGUCAUGACAGUGAGUUGCUUUACUAAAUUACUAAACAUUGCGAUUUAAUAAAUAAUUUAGAAUAUGUAAAAUACAUACAGUUGGGUAUAGGGUACUCAGAAAAUUAUGUUAAUUUUCUAAAAACUAUACAAGUAUCCGCCAUUAUUGCUUGACCAUUGUGCUACUUUAUGGUAAAAUAACAUAAAGUACAGAAAGACUUGAAUCUUAACCUUAAAAAUAUAAUCAGACUUGUUCGAUAAAGCAAACUUUCGUUUUUUGUUAUCUAAUUCUACAAAUAUAUUCAUAUACUUUUACUAAAAACUAUUUUGCUGGUCAGUAUCAUCUGCAUAGUUUUAAGAGUGGCCAAGAGUUGAAAAAUAUUAAACUAAUUUCUGAUUGGGUGAAAACGUUUGGUUUAGGAACCAUACUCGUUGGUUCUAUCAGAUUAACCGCAGCAAGAGAUUAGAAAUGAACAAAAUAGUACAGGAUGAUUAUAGAGAAAAUUAUUGUAUCGUAUAAACUCCUUGCCCUAGAUUAAAUCAUAAGUUAUGUUCAGGAAAGUCUGGGUCGGUGUUUUACUACCUCCCACAGAAGGUGUUCAUUAUGCUUUCAAUCAGCAUUUCAAACCUAUCACUAAGUGAAGCAAGUGCAAAAACCACCUGUUCCAGAAAGUGUUCAUUGAUCAUCGCAGUAAUGCGCAAUUGAUUGGUUUGGAACUAAGUUUCUAUAUUAAUUUCCUCUGCCACUUCAUUGACUGACAUUAAUAUUGAUGCAAACUCACUUUCACACCUUAAGAAUGAUUUUAGGUGUCUCACAUGUUUUGAAGCCACUUUUAUUUAGAUCUUAGGAUUUCGUAUAAAUUAUAUAUUUUAUUUACUUGUACUAAGAUGUCACACUAAAUAACUAAACUGAGCAAAAACGUAUAUCUGUCAGUUAUCUAUUCGUAAAGGUAUUAUUGCAGAUUUUAUAUAUUACCCUAUUAAUUUUUUUCUUUAAUAUUUCCUAUUAUGAUUACUUUAUUAUAAUACUAACCAAUGUUUUUGUUUUUGCGAUGCACGAGACCCUGCACGGGUAUACCGGUAGCAAGGACCUUUCUCCGGGACUACCUUUUAUAGUGACCUUGUAGCAGCUCAGUGAAAGAGCUCGCUGUCUGUUGCUGUGUGAUGAGGAAUGGAACAGUUGCGUGUCCACUUUAUCAAUUUGCAUCACUGACGAAGUUGAACUUUUUUUUUCAUUAUUUUACUUUGAAAUUUAUCUUGCAUUAAUUUUCUUUGUACAUAGCUACUUAAAAGACGAGCAAAAUCACGUAGUGAUAAUUUCAGUCUUGCCUGAAAGUUAACUAAGUUCUGAUGUUUUUUAAUUCAGUUUUAAAUACUAUUUUGUAUUUAGUCUUCCACAUUGUUUGAACUUCGAUUUUGUCUUCAUUCAUCACUUUUCAUAUCGGGAGCUCCCCGAAAAGAAAGAAACAAGAAUAAAGUAACAUUUUGUAAAAGUAAAGUAUGCUCGGUUGUAAAAAUGUUUAACAUUAUAAAGUAGACGUUAAUGGAAACCUUAGUAUUACUAGAAAAAUCAUGGUGUCACAAAUUCGUUCUUCAAAUGGAACAACCUGAAACAGUGAGAUAUUAAAAUAGUAAACAAUGAAUAAUUUAUCACGAAUACAUUUAUUUUUUAACCAUUUUCUCUUGAUAUACGUUUCUGUGUCUUUAGUUUAUAAAAACAGGAAAUUGACAAAAUAUCUGGCACCAAGAUUUCCACAGAGUGAUGUUACAACUAUGUCAAAACCCUGAUAUGGUAUAUGUAUGUUUAUGUGUUAUAUGAGCAAGUUAAUCAUGAUUAGCAGGUUUAAGAGAGUGGGAAAAACUUGGUUUUUAAAAUCUGAUCAAUUAAAUCAUAAAAUUUUACACGAGUUCAGAAGGUAAUCCUAAAAAAACUAUGUCUGUAAUAAUU